AUGAUUCCAGUUCAAUUCCUUUCUGAUACAAAGCCUAAUACUUCCAUGCGGGAUCUUAAGCAUGCAGGAGAGGAGGAAUCUCUUAUUUUAGAAGGUAAUAUUGGUGGAGGGUUGGUUCUUCAACGGCAGAUAUCUAUACGAAAAGAUAACCCAAAGAUUCUCCGCAUCGACUCUGGCAUCGUAGCCCGCAGUGUUGGUGCUGGUUCUGGUGGAUUUUCAAGACUGGUUUGCUUAAGAGUACACCCAACGUUUACUCUCUUGCACCCCACUGAAACUUGUGUCUCAUUCACCUCCAUUGAUGGAUCAAAACAUGAAAUUUGGCCUGAAUCUGGGGAUCAGUUCUAUCAAGAGAAUCUUCUGCCUAAUGGUGAAUGGAUGCUGGUCGAUAAAUGUCAGGGUUUGGCUCUAGUCAAUCGGUUUAACAUCAAUGAGGUUUAUAAGUGUUACAUCCAUUGGGGAACAGGGACAGUAAAUCUGGAGCUUUGGUCUGAAGAUAGGCCUGUUUCAAAGGAAUCACCUCUCAUGGUUUCCCAUGGGUAUGAGGUGAGAGGAAUCUCUUAG